AAACAAGACAGGCCCUUGAACAGGAAACUGCAGCAUCAUCCCAGAGACUGACAACAUGAAGGUCCUCUUGCUACUAGCAGCCGUGAUCAUGGCCUUCGGCCCAAUACAGAUACAAGGGAGCAUUGCCAAUUUUUGGCAAAUGAUCCUACUUAAGACAGGAAAGAGAGCUGAGUCCAGCUAUGCCUUCUAUGGUUGCCACUGUGGCGUGGGUGGCAGAGGAUCCCCCAAGGAUGCGACAGAUCGGUGCUGCGUGGCUCAUGACUGUUGCUACUACCGUCUGGAAAAACGUGGGUGUGGUACAAAAUUCCUGUCCUACAAGUUCAGUUACCGAGGGGGCAAAAUCACCUGCGCUGCAAACCAGAACUCCUGUAGGAAACAGCUGUGCCAGUGUGACAAAGUCGCCACUGAAUGCUUUGCCCGGAACCGGAAAAGCUACAGUUUAAAGUAUCAGUUCUUUCCCAAUAAGUUUUGCAGUGGGAAGUCGCCCAGGUGCUGAGAGAGGUGACAUCUGGACCCGUCUCCUCCAACACCCCUCCCCAGCCCCACCGAGUUCCCUAGUGAUAAAGAAAACACCCCUCUCCUACCCUAGAGGCAAGGUGGGGCCCUUCUGUCACCACCCAGAAUGAGACACCAAAGCCUGAUGAGUUAGACUAAUCCUUCCCCACCACUCCAUUACCUCGGACUGACAGAUUUCCCAUGUCCACCUUCCCCUUCACAUCCAACUUCCCGCCUCUCAGUACCAAAGAGAGUCCUGGGAGGUUCUUACAAAUAAAGUAAUUCAUCAGCGA